UCUGAUUGGCCUGGCUCUGAUGUGCAUUAUGAAUACACCACAGUCACUUCAACCCCUGGGCUCUGCAGUCCAGCUAAUAACAUCAUUUUGAUUUUACAAACCUCUAAAAUUCUUCAAGAUGCUUAUUGAAUUUCUGUUAAUGUAUCAUAAUUAAUAACAUCUUUUUUUUUAACCGAAGGAUCCAUCAGGAAGAGGAUUUCCUCUUUGCUGAUGUUUAUUAUUCCUCUGUAGACAAACAAAAGUGGAUGUUUCACAUCAAAGGUUCACACAUGCAGGUUAACAGCAGGGAACAGUCUCAUGAGGUCAUCUCACAAGGUCAUUUCAUGAGGUCAUUUCUACGUUAGGCUGCAGAAUCGUGUUUUUCUGGUGGCAAAUGACUGUGAGGAUCAACAAGGACAUAAAACUACACUCUAUGCUCAACAUCAUGUGACACACACACACACAUAGCAAAGUAUUAUUAGCACCAUCCAUUACCUCACGCACACACACACACUCACACGUAUACACUGGAGUGUGAAACUGGGAGCUAAUCUGUGCGCUGUACAUCUGGAAUGGGACCAUGUUGGUGCUGCUCUCCCAACCUCUCUCCUUCCCUGGGGAUUUAAAAGCUGACUGAUUAAAGCGUGCACAUGAGUGCACACACAUACACACUGGCCUUCCAACUCCUUAUAAAGUGUGCCCCAUUCAGGAGACUCUCUACGCUUUUCCUCCAAAACCCCAGUGGCACUGCGUUGUGCCGGUCUGAAAACAACCGUUAAAGGUCUGAGAGGAGCAUCAUAAGGUCAAAAGACAAGGUCUCCUGAGACCAAGAGUUCUCUAAACGUUCUCUUCAGGGUCUUUUUUUCACAGCACUGACCUGUUUUGUUUGUUUGUUUGUUUUUUUCCACUAAAGCCACAGAAAUAAUUCCCUCGUUAAAUCAAGCAGGCCUGUUGGAUGCUGUGGAGAUGAACAAGGGAAGGUUAUGCUGCCCGAAAGCUGCCGGCUGAGUCUGAGCGAGAAAGAAAAAGGCUAGCGGACCAACACACAUACACAUACCCGGACACACAAGCGCCUGCCCAGCAACGUGAGUGAUGAGUGACCCUCACGACUCCAGAGAUGCGGCUCCUCCAGCAGGCCUGCCUGGGCACGUGAUGGCUGUAGUGCCCCAGCUGGCUCAGCACCAUGGCGACGACAAUGACGACGACGAUGAUGACGAUGAUGAUGAUGGUGGAGACCUGAACAAGACUCUGGGAGUGCAGCGUUUCCAACAGAUCCUCUCUCCUUCUCCGCGUGUCCUGGCCGAGCAGCACCGCGUAUUUAACGAAGAGGACUUUGAGUACCAUCGUCACUCCUCCCUGCACACCCACCACCCACUCUCCAAGCACCUCCCCUCAGAGGGCCGCCGGAGGUCGAGCGGGAGGAGGAGGAAGACCUUGGGACGCAAGAGGAGCUCGUCUAAUGGCAGUGGCGUCCCCCCUGUGGAGGAGGAUGAGGAGGAGGAUGAAGGAGAGGAGGAGUGGUACAGCCAGCAAGACGGAGAAGGCACCACCACACCUACACCCAACACAGGCACGGACAUGCACACGGAGGAGGUGCAGGUCUUUGUGGAGGAUGAAGAGUGUGGCAUCACCACGAUGUUCCGGAGCAGGGAGCCGGACGCGCCGUCCCGCCAGAGCUCCAUCAUUCCUCAGCUGGCACUGCUCAGCCGCCGAAAAAGCAGCAGCAGCCUAGACGACGCCCCCGUACCACACAACGGGGCCAGUGCCAGGAGGGCGUCUGUUCCAUGCAUGCUCCUGCCUGGGUCUCCCGAUGGUGUGGGCGGCUUGAAGCCGGGCCGCUGUUACGACCUGCAGGAGCGCCGUCGUACCGGGGACCUGACUGGCCCCGAGCUGGGUGCCCAGCACCACGCCGCCACUGAUGACACCGAGGCCCAGACAUUAGCCAUCGCCGACCUGGACGGCAUCAAGAGUCACCGGUUCGAAGACGUCCCUGGGGUGCGCCGUCACCUAGUGAGGAAGAGCAGUAAGGGUCAGGUGGUUCACAUCAGCAAGGACCACAAGGAAUCCAGCGGUCGGAACCGUAAACUGGACAGAACCCCUCACGAGAGGAGCUCGUGGCCUUGCGUCGGGAGCUACAGCAGGGCUCGUGCGGCCCGGCAGCUGAAGGUGUUUGUGGAGUUGAACGAGCUGGUGAUGGAUAAACACCAGGAGAUGCAGUGGCGAGAAACCGCUCGCUGGAUCAAAUUUGAGGAGGAUGUGGAGGAGGAGACGGACCGCUGGGGCAAACCGCACGUGGCCUCCCUGUCCUUCCGUAGCCUGCUGGAGUUACGCAGGACAAUCUCGCACGGGGCUGUGCUCUUGGACCUGGACCAGAGGACUCUGCCUGGCAUCGCACACCAGGUGGUUGAAAAGAUGAUCAUCUCUGACCAGAUCAGAGCAGAAGACCGAGCCAAUGUCCUCCGAGCUCUGCUCCUCAAACACAGUCACCCGAGCGAUGGAAAGGAGCACAGCUCUUUCCACAGGAACAUCUCAGCCGCCAGCCUGGGCUCUCUGAUGACUCCUCACUAUAACAACCAUAACUCCGCCCCUCUGGAACCCACUGCCACAGACCCACUCAUGGGUGGAGCGUCAGACUCGGACUCCCACAUCCGUGUUGACGUUGAGAAGAAUGAGAAAGAGGCCUCCUCAGCUGUAGGCAUGCACAGGUCCAAAUCCAAACAUGAGUUGAAACUUCUGGAGAAGAUCCCAGAGAAUGCAGAGGCCACCGUCGUACUUGUGGGCAGAGUGGACUUCCUGGACCAGCCCUCCAUGGCGUUCGUUCGGCUGCAGGAGGCGGUGCUGUUGGAGUCUGUGCUCGAGGUGCCCAUACCGGUACGGUUCCUCUUUGUGCUGCUGGGCCCGCCCAUCGCCAACAUGGACUACCACCAGAUCGGCCGCUCCAUUUCCACACUCAUGUCUGAUAAGCACUUCCACGAGGCAGCGUACCUGGCAGACGAGCGGCAGGAUCUGCUGACGGCCAUCAACAGCUUCCUGGACUGCAGCGUGGUGCUGCCACCAUCGGAGGUGGGCGGGGAGGAGCUCCUCCGAUCCGUGGCACGCUUCCAGAGGGACAUGCUCCGCAAAAGGCACGAGCAGGACAUCAAGAUGCAGGCCAAGGAGCCCAAGAGCCCCGAGGACGAGGCUCUGCUGCCCCCGUUUAAACCUCGCGACGACCCCCUCCGGAGGACCGGGCGCCCAUUCGGCGGGGUGAUCCGUGACGCCCGGAACCGCUACCCCAAAUACCUCAGUGACUUCAGGGACGCGCUGAACCCCCAGUGUAUGGCUGCCGUCAUCUUCAUCUACUUCGCUGCCCUCUCUCCUGCCAUCACCUUCGGAGGACUGCUGGGAGAAAAGACGGAGGGUCUGAUGGGUGUUUCGGAGCUGAUCAUUGCCACUGCCGUGCAGGGGAUCCUGUUCUGUCUGCUGGGGGCCCAGCCGCUGCUGGUGGUUGGAUUCUCCGGACCACUGUUGGUGUUUGAAGAGGCGUUCUUUUCUUUUUGUAAGUCCUAUGAGCUGGAGUACUUAACGGGCCGCGUGUGGAUCGGCUUCUGGCUGGUGGUCAUCGUGGUGGUCAUUGUGGCCUUUGAGGGAAGCUUCCUGGUCCGAUUCGUUUCCCUCUUCACCCAGGAGAUCUUCUCCUUCCUCAUCUCCCUCAUCUUCAUCUACGAGACCUUCUCGAAGCUCGGCAAGAUCUUUAAGGAGCACCCUCUCAGUCCCUGCAACACCUCGGUGGUGAACAGUACGUACGCCGGGCUGCCAGGCAGCGUGCUGAACCAGCCCAACACAGCGCUGCUGUCCUUGGUGCUCAUGUUGGGGACUUUCUUCAUCGCCUUCUACCUGCGCAAGUUCAAGAACAGUGCCUUCUUUCCGGGCCGUCUCCGCAGGGUGAUAGGUGAUUUUGGAGUUCCCAUUGCGAUCUUCAUCAUGGUCUUGGUGGACUACAGUAUAAAAGACACUUUCACACAGAAGCUGAGCGUGCCGGGCGGCUUCAACGUGACGAGCCCUGAGAAACGUGGUUGGUUCAUCUCUCCGCUGGGCUCGGGCGGACAGUUCCCCCUCUGGAUGAUGGUGGGCAGCCUCUUGCCAGCCCUGCUUGUGUUUAUCCUCAUCUUCAUGGAGACGCAGAUCACUACUCUGAUUGUGAGUAAGAAAGAGAGAAUGCUGAUGAAGGGCUCUGGCUUUCAUCUGGAUCUGCUCAUCAUCGUAGCCGUGGGUGGGAUUUCGGCGCUGUUCGGCCUGCCGUGGUUGGCUGGGGCCACCGUGCGCUCGGUCACCCAUGCCAACGCCCUCACGGUCAUGAGCAAGGCUGUCGCUCCUGGAGACAAACCCCGUAUCCAGGAAGUGAAGGAGCAGCGUGUGACGGGACUCCUGGUGGCGGUUCUUGUUGGCCUGUCCAUCGUGAUCGGCGACGUGUUGAGACAGAUUCCCAUUGCCGUGCUCUUCGGCAUUUUCCUCUACAUGGGCGUGAUGUCACUCAAUGGCAUCCAGCUGACCGAGCGCAUGCUCCUCCUCCUCAUGCCCCCCAAAUACCACCCGGACCACACCUAUGUGCGAAAGGUGCGUACCCUGCGCAUGCACCUCUUCACAGGUGUCCAGCUGGUGUGUCUGGGGCUGCUCUGGGCUGUCAUGUCCACUGCUGCUUCGCUUGCUUUCCCGUUUUUCCUCAUCCUCACCGUACCCCUCCGGAUGUUCGUCCUGCCACGGAUCUUCACCCAGCGUGAGAUGCAAUGUCUGGACGCGGAGGAUGCAGAGCCAACGCUGGACGCGCAGGACGAGUACACAGAGAUGCACAUGCCCGUGUGACCUCGCUGGUAUGUCCGGCUCUCACACGCUAACCUAGUGCUCCAGUUAGAAAGGAGUGUUGAUCAUCUCAAGGAGUGUCAGUGGAGCGACGGAUAUGUAGGACCUCAGUGUUUCUCCAACAAGUCAUCUCAAGCCAAGGCCGUGACCUUCUAGUGACUGUGUUCCUGCAGCCUUGGUGUCAGCCACACCAAACUCACACCUGAAAUGUACUUUUAGAGUUCUCUUUAAAAAAAAAUACUAUUCGUUGGUCCUUUUUAUAUUAAUGGAAGAACUGUGUGUGUGUGUGUGUGUGUGUGUGUAUAUUUAACAGAUUUCUGAGUGUUAGUAAUUGUUUCAGUAAGUCUUGGAUAGCUAGAAGUGUUUCCUCCAAUAUUCAUGUUUUGUCCCAGAUGUUCAGCGUAUCCGUGCAGCUGAGCUUUGUAUGUUUGUGUAGUAAAUGGAGAAGUCACACUCAGUUACCUGAAGCACUUUAUGACCAAUCAUACAAAUGCAUCUGCUGCGACCUGUUAGCGUUCCUUUCAUUUAGAGGUCGAGGUGAUUGUAUUUCGUGUAUCAUGUAGAUUAAACAACUCUACAAAUAUCUGAAAACGUCUCAGCAGCUACACUGCUUUGGGUGCACACUCUGCACCAACAGGGAAAACGCAGCACAUCUUAUUUUAAAACUUAACAUCCUUUAAGACCCUAUGUAUUUCAACUCUGUUCUGGAGUAAAAGCUUUUGACUACAUCUUGCAGCUAAUGCUACAUAUUUACAGCCAAAUGUAUAAAUAAAAGAACGUGGUGUUUUUUUUAAUAAGAGUUGUAGACAUGCUGUAACGUGAAUUCAGCCAUUGACUAAAUAGGAAAAAUUCUACAUAUGACCGUUGGCAGGCGUAAGUUCACCGUAUGACGGUCGUCUGUAUUUUGUGACAUCGAAUAGCUUUGAACUGCACUGGGGAGGUUUGAGUGACGAUCAGUAGACUGCCCAAGGGGGUAUAAGAGACAAACUGUUUCUAAUUUAUUGGAUGAGUAGUGUGUUAAGUGUUUAUGCAUAUGAGAGAGAGGAGAGAAUGAUGUCCAUUAUUUACAUGGCCAAUUGGUGUAAAUGAUUAAAAUUGUUUUUAAAGGGGACUGUUGCAUAUGCUGUUCUGAUUGAUUUGUAUUAAUUGUAAAGGGUUGCAUUUAGUAGUUAUUAAGGUUCAUAACACAGCUUGAUAAUGAAUUGGCCUGUGUCAGCUAAACUAUAACCCCUUCACAACGGCGCAAUCCUUUAGUUGCCAUUUAAUGUACUAAUGUGUGAAUUGUAGUCUCCAGUGUGAUGUCUCUUUGUAGGGAAAAGCCUGUUAAGUGAAAAGCUGGAACAUCUAUGCAAUUGAGAUGCAUUUAAAUAUAUAUAUAAAAUUGGGUCUCAUUUCAGUCAUUUGUUUGCCUCUAGUUUUGUACUGUAAACCCAUUUAAUGGGUGUUCAGUGUGUUGGUUGGUUGGCUGACAGAGUGCAACUGUGUGACUUGCGGUCCAGCUAUAAUAAUCUGACUUUUCCCCCCUUCUAAUUAUUGAAUGUUAAUUGAUUCGUGUUUGGUUCUUUGUAAUCGAUAACGCUGUGUGUGUCUGCCGCUCGCCCUGCUGUGCCUUGACUGUCACUUUGGAAUGUGCCGGAAGAAACUGGAGUUGCUUUUUUGCUUAACGGCAAAUCAGGCGAGCGCGAGGCCGCAGUGACUGAUAAUGUACAAGUGCUGCUGAAGACGGAGCGCGAGGCAUCUGUUCGCACCGCUACUAGCAACGUGCGCGCGCCCACAGCGUCUCAACAUUCCUGUAACGCAUCUACGCCGUUCCUGUGCGCCGCGGGUUGUCAGUACUUUCGAGCGCUGUGUCUGUCAUUUCUUGUAUUGCUGGACGUCUUGUAUUCUCAUAUGCAGUUUUCCUUUUGGUUAUGUAGCCACGGUUGCUAAAAUGUUCCCAAUAGGGAUUAAAUGCAGUUUAUUAAAAUA